AUGAUUCCCUCGCGAAGCCUUGCGUUGCUGGCGGCGCGAUCCAGCAGCGCGCGGGCGCUACGAUCAUGGCCUGCGGCUCAUGUUGCGACUAGACGGACCGACUAUGGGCUGACGAGAUGGCGAGCUGGGCAGAGGAUUUGGGAGACGACAACGGCGACGCCUUUGAGCGAGGGUGGCGAUGAGGGGAAGAAACAAGACUUGUCGCCGUCUGAGGAGCAGGAGAGUGGACGAUUUGAUGUCAAGUCCAACGAGUCGAUUCUCUUUUUCGACAAUUUGUUUCCGCUUAAGCUUACCCCGCUGCUGAGUCGCCAAACAGAAACGGAUCAGCAGCUGACAGAUCUUCUAAAGCGCUUCAACAGCUCGUCUUUGGGUAUCAUGGAUCCGAUCCAAUUGGUGAAGAGAGCGAUACCGGAUAACUUGCCCAUCAAAGUGACGGAGAUUUUGCCGCGGCUCAAGGAUGGCGGAGCGUUUGUCAAGUUUGAGUACGAUGCCAGUCUGAAUGCUACAGAGAUUGAAGCCAAGCUAUUGAAAAAGCUACGAGAAGAGCCAAUUAAGCCGUGGUUCAACCCCUUUAGCAGGAUUAGAGCUCGUCUCGUCCGUGGAGUUCCCUGGCUUGAGGAUUUGCAUCGAUAUCCGUCGCCUUUGCUCAUGGUGGAAUUUGUCCCUCCUGAACCUGGCGCUGCCCCCGAGGAGCUUCCCGAGGAAGUUCUUUACAGCCUGUUCCGCCGGUAUGGAAAGAUUGCGGACAUCAUUCCUCAACCAGCUGAUUCGAAGAUUACCCCGCGAUAUGCCCAGAUCGGCUUUCCUGUACUGCGGGAUACCAUCAUGGCUCGGAAUUGCCUGCACGGUUUCAUUCUUGGCGAAGCCCAAGGAGGGGGCAAGAAUGGAACCAAGCUACGGCUAUCUUAUGUGAAACGAGAAAAGGGCCAUAGCAUCUGGAACUGGAUCACGACGCAUCCUCGAAUCGUUAUUCCGAUUGUGGCCGCGCUCAUUGCCGGUGUCUCCGUCAUGAUUUUCGACCCUAUUAGAAUGUUUUUCAUCAAAGUACAUGUACAACACUCUCUCCGCUACACUGACUGGCGCAUUUACAAGUGGUUCAAGUCACAGACAGGAAGCUUCUAUUUCCACAAGAAAGAAGAGCACAUUGAAGGCCUUGGUACGAUAUGGAAACACCGCAAGGACCUUAUUGAGCAGCUACAAAGCUGGCUUGAUGGUAGCUCUGAUACCUUUAUUGUUGUCACUGGCCCAAGAGGUUCUGGAAAGGCCGAGAUGGUCAUGAGCCAAACAUUGAGCGGGCGCAAAAAUGUUGUUCUCAUCGAUUGCAAGCCGAUUACAGAAGCCAAUGGUGAAGCUGGGACUAUCAAGAGGCUGGCAGCAGCAGUUGGAUAUCGGCCAGUAUUUUCAUGGGCAAACAGCAUCAGCAGUAUGAUUGAUCUCGCGGUUCAGGGUACGACAGGCGUCAAAUCUGGAUUUUCGGAGACUCUGGAAUCCCAGCUGAACAAGAUCUUGCACACCACCGCCACCGCUCUCAAAAAUGUCGCCCUCUCAGAGCGUCACAAAACAGACAAGGAUGCCACCAUUUCCGAAGAUGCAUACUUGGAGGCACACCCUGAGCAGCGGCCAAUCAUUGUUGUCGACAACUUCCUUCACAAGAACGAGGAUUCCAGCAUUGUAUACGACAUGAUUGCGGAGUGGGCCGCAACAGUCGUCCAGAAUAACAUUGCCCACGUAGUGUUCCUCACUAGCGAUUCCGCCUACUCAAAGUCUCUCACCAAGGCUAUGCCAGACAGAGUCUUCCGCACUUUGUCUUUGGGCGAUUUGGAUGCCGAUGUGGCAAAGAACUUUGUCGUUACUCGUUUGGAAGAGGAUCUGAAGCGUGAAGCUCAAGAGCAAGAGGAGCAAGGCGAGGAGAACAAGAAAGUGCCUCCGCGACCGAGCUUGGCAGGAUUGGACGAUGGCAUCAAGGUUCUUGGAGGCCGUUUGACAGAUCUCGAGUUUCUGGCCCGGCGACUCAAGGCGGGACAGACGCCUCACGAGGCUGUUGAAGAAAUUGUCACUGAGGAUGCCACUGAUAUUGCCAAAAUGUAUCUUCUCGGACGGACAGCUGAUGCGGAUAGGAGGUGGUCUAUUGAACAGGCGUGGCACCUGAUCAAGGCCCUCUCUGAAAACCCAACUCUGCGCUACCACCAAGUUCUUCUCUCGCCUACCUUUGCUUCAUCCUUAUCUUCUAAUGCCACAAAUGGAGAGGCUGCUAUUGAGAGUCUGGCCGGCGCAGAGCUCAUCACGGUCAAGACGCACCGUGGACGACCUCAGACGAUUGAAGCCGGCAAGCCGCUCCACCAGGCGGCGUUUGGCGUCCUCGUCAAGGACCGCGUGCUUCGCGCAAAGAUGGACCUGGCGGUGCUAACCGAAAUGGCCAAGGUCGAAGCCAAGAACAUUGAUACGGUGGAAAAGGAGCUGCAGUUGUUGGGUGGACUGCCACGGCAUACCGGGGAGUCGGCGGGUAGGGUCAUGUAUCUGCUGAGCAAGCUGGAUGCUGGGCAGAGGAAGAUUGCGCAGUUUGAGAAGGAGAUGGGCGGGCUGAAGAAGAUUCUGAAUGAGGAGUACUGA